AUGCCGUCCGUGCCGCAGGGGCAGAUCUUUAAGGCGACGUACUCGGGUGUGCCCGUGUACGAAUGCAUCAUCAAGGAUGUCGCGGUGAUGCGGAGACGCAGUGAUGCGUGGCUGAAUGCGACACAGAUCCUGAAAGUGGUUGGGCUGGACAAGUCGCAGCGCACGCGUGUGCUGGAAAAGGAAGUACAGAAAGGAAUUCACGAAAAGGUGCAAGGUGGGUACGGCAAGUACCAGGGUACCUGGAUUCCAAUGGAUGUGGCGAUUGCGCUGGCGGACCACUACCACAUUCGCGAGCUCCUCGAGCCGAUCACCUCGUUUGUUCCUUCGGAAAACUCGCCGCCGCCGGCGCCAAAGCACGCGAUUGCAUCGGCAGGGCGCCUCAAGAAAACAGCGAGUGAUAUCAUGGAGUCGCGGCGCUUGCGUGCGUCCAGUGAGGAAAAUAGCAGCGAGAUCCUCAGUUACAACCGCUCCGAUGGCAGCAUCAGUCCCUCGCCGAGCGAUAUGAGCAGCGCGAGUCGUACACCGAGUCCGAUUGGGCCGGAUCAAGCGAAAGAGAUGUACGCAUCGCGCUACGAUGCACGCAGCAUGCAGCCUGGUGGACAGACUUUGUAUACGCCGGGCGGCCGGGUCGCUACACCGCAAGGAUACUAUCCCUACGCGAUCCAAUCCACCCCUGUAUAUGAAGAGAGCGAGCCGCAAGCACGGUAUGCCGAGAUUAUCCUUGACUAUUUUAUCAGCGAGACGACCACGAUCCCACCGCUACUUGUCACCCCCCCACCCGACUUUGACCCGAACAUGAGCAUCGACGAGGAUGAGCACACUGCGCUGCAUUGGGCGUGUGCCAUGGGCCGUAUUCGCGUGGUGAAACUGCUGCUUUCUGCAGGCGCCGACGUAUUCCGUGUGAACAGCAACGGGCAAACGGCGCUGAUGCGUGCGGCCAUGUUUAGCAACAAUUACGAUCUGCGUAAAUUUCCCGAGUUGUUCGAGCUCUUACACCGCAGUAUUCUCAACAUUGACCGCAACGACCGCACCGUCUUCCACCAUGUGGUCGACCUCGCGCUUAGCCGCGGAAAGCCACACGCGAGUCGGUACUACCUCGAGACGAUGAUCCAUCGCCUCGCAGAGUACGGCGAACAGCUUGCAGAUAUUCUCAACUUCCAAGACGACGAGGGUGAGACAGCGCUCACCAUGGCGUCCCGCGCGCGGUCCAAGCGCCUCGUCAAGCUGCUGCUCGAGCACGGCGCCGACUCAAAAAUACGGAAUCGCGAAGGGAAGAAUGCAGAAGACUAUAUUGUCGAAGACGAGCGCCUCCGUGCAAGUCCGUCGCGCGCAGGGGGCAUGGCAGGCGUACGGACCGAUGGCUCGCUUGCGUCAACAGCACAUACCUCGGAGGCGGGACAACGCGCGGGCGGGCGCGCCGUCGGGCUGGUCUCGACGCUUUUGCACGACCUCGCGGAUAGUUACGAUACAGAGCUUGCCGUUCUGGAAAAGAAACUCUCACAUGCGCACUCGCUGCUUAUCCAGAUCCAAAGCGAGAUUGCAGAUAGCGAUCGUACAGAGGCUUCCUUGCGCGCCGAUGGCCGCAAUGCGCAAGAUGCCAGGGAACGUGUAGGCGCGUUGGAAGAGGCCUACCAAUGCGCCGCGCGGAAACGCAAGGCAGUUGAGAUGGAGCAGGCAUGGGCAGCGACAGAGGGACAGCUCGCGCGCGCGCGCGACGCUGCACAACUUGCGCCGGGUCAGCUUGGCGCGGCGCCGAAUGCGGACCCCAAGAUUGCCGCACUUCUUGCCGCGCCGAGCGAUUUGCACGCCGAAUUGGCGCAGCUUGUGCAGCAAGUCAACGAGGCAUUAGCACGUCGCGAUGCUGCAGAAAAGGCACAUCUUGAGGCAUUGCGGACCGAAGGCACGGGGCGUACAAUAACCAUGUAUCGACGCUUGAUUGCGGCUGGUUGUGGAAACAUUCCGAUCAGUGAAGUCGAUGGUGUGGUAAAUAUAGUGAGCGAGCACCUCGAGGAGCACGGCGCAGCCAAGCUUGAGGAUGACGCACCUCCCAACGAGCCGCCGCGGAUGGAGACGCCUCUCCAGCAUGCGUCGUAG